UUUGGGGCAGUUUCAGUCAAGUUUUGGCGAAAUUUGGCCCAAAACUUGGUAAAUGGGCGCGCCGCCACUGACUUUGAGCAGGUGUGGUGACCAAGAUGGCGUCGGUGCAAACAACAGUUUUGUUAGUUUUAGGUGUUUUUAUAGAAAUUUGUUUGGCACAAAGGUCCCCCACGAUAUCGUACAUAACUCAAACUCAGAUUAAGGAUAUUGGGGGCACAGUGGAAUUAUCAUGUUCGGUUCAAUACACGAACGAUUAUCCAGUGAUCUGGAUGAAGAUCGAUCCCAGGUCGAACGCCAACAGUUUGCCCAUUUCCACCGGAAGUACGCUAAUUCUGCACGAAUCCCGAUAUUCGCUGCGUUAUGACGAGGCGAGUUCGACUUAUACGCUACAAAUUAAAGACAUUCAAGAAACCGACGCUGGUUUCUACCAUUGUCAAAUCAUAAUUUCGCCAAGUAAUAGGGUCUCAGCUGAGGUGGAAUUACAAGUACGGCGCCCCCCUUUCAUUUCCGACAAUUCGACGCGAUCGGUUGUCGUAUCAGAGGGACAAGCCGUCCAGAUGGAGUGCUACGCCGGGGGUUACCCGCCGCCGAGAAUCUCAUGGCGUCGUGAAAACAACGCCAUUUUGCCCACUGGUGGCUCCAUCUACCGUGGCAACGUGAUGAAAAUCAAACAAAUAAAAAAAGAAGAUCGUGGCACAUAUUAUUGCGUCGCUGAGAAUGGCGUUGGCCGAGGGACGAAACGUAACAUUGCCGUCGAAGUGGAAUUUGCGCCGGUUGUGACCGUGCCUCGGCCACGCCUCGGUCAAGCCCUCCAAUACGACAUGGAUUUGGAGUGUCACGUGGAGGCGUAUCCCCCGCCUGCUUUGACCUGGGUCAAGGACGAAGUCGCAUUAUCCAAUAACCAACAUUACAGUAUUUCGCAUUUCGCAACAGCGGACGAAUUCACCGACACGACUUUACGUGUGAUAACGAUUGAGAAACGCCAGUAUGGGCAGUAUAUUUGUAAAGCGUCGAACAAAUUGGGCUCGGCAGAGGGCGUGGUCGAGUUGUUUGAGUCCAUCAUUCCUGUGUGUCCUCCUGCUUGCGGUCAGGCAAGGUAUGGUGAUGCGGCCACAUUGUCGACAAGUACCGCAGCUAUAUGUUUGACGUUACUGUUCGUCUUGUUUCGAGAUUUCCACGCCCAACAUUAAUUAUCCAGGCCUUGUGUGGUUGAAUACGAGUCCAAGGCCAACUUGCAACGCCGUCUUAAUUACGAUUACAAUUCUCACAACGACUCUGUUGCAUUUCUUUUGUUUGUUUUAGUGAGUUUUAUUAGAAAGGACCAAAAAACAGUGACAGCAAUAUUUAAUCGAUAGUGUUAAGGUUUUUUACACGACUUUUUGAUACAGUUAAUUCCAUUUUUUAUGUAUAUUUUUGACACGCUCUGUAUAUUUUUUGAAAUUCUUUUACAAGAUAUUGUAAAUGAUUUAUUUUUUUAAUUUAAUUUUUUUUAUAGCACGGUUGUGCGUAGUCUAAGGCCUAAUUGUUUCUUGCUAGCAACAGCUCUAGUCAACAAAUGACAGCUGUUUUUGGCAACAACGUCAAAUUUUAUUUGUCCAAUUCGUCCAUUAAAUUAAUUUUUUUGUCAAA